AUGGAUGCCAUGAAUAGAAGAGCAAUCAUGCAUCGUGAUUUGAAGCCUGGAAACAUUCUCCUUAGCUACUAUGGCGAUUUCCCGUCGGUGAACGAAGUUCCGGGUCCUCUUAUAACUUUUAAGCUUGCGGAUUUCGGCUUCGCACGAUUUUUGCAAGAUGGGAUAAUGGCUGAAACAAUGUGUGGCUCCCCAAUGUACAUGGCACCAGAAGUACUAAUGUGCCAAAAGUACGACGCACGAGCAGAUAUUUGGAGUAUGGGGAUCAUCGUCUACCAGUGCUAUGUUGGAAAAGCACCUUUUUACGCCAAUAGUCCCGAAGCACUGAAAAAUAUCUACCUAAAGACGGUUGAUUUGAGACCCAAAAUUCCACGUGAAACGAGUCCCAACCUGCGCGAUCUUUUGCUAAAAAUGUUAAUAAGAAAACCGGCUGACCGCAUUGAUUUUCCAUCGUUUCUUGCUCAUCCCUUCCUCACCGCAAAACACAUAUCUCCCUCCGAUCUCGUGCCUCACAAACCAGCAACAGUGCCCCCCUUGCCGAGUUCUGUUCGCCGUUUGCGUGGAAUCCAGUCUGCUGCAUCACGCACGCCACUCACAGCCACCACCCGACCCCACUUCACUGUACCCACCCCCAACACGCGUGAAACGGAUCUGCCCCUUCCGGGUAGAGGUCGUGGCCAGGGCCGCGGCCGCAGCGUUAUUGCAGAUCUUAUGCCAACUCCUGCUAUCAAGAGUCCUCUCGGACGCGGCUCCCGUCUCAUGCAGCCCACUACAGUGCCCCGACGUGACCCCACUGGUGGUGGUGUGAGUGUUAGUCCUCCUCUUCUGCCACAUCGUCCGCCUCUUCCCCCUAAUGAAGAAGUUGGGGCUAGGGCGAAAGAGGAGGACUCCUCCGAUACUUCUCUCACUCCUACUGAGGAUGGCGAUGAGUUUAUUGAGGAUGGACUGGGAGGUAGCAGCUUCUUGGGCGAGGUGAGACGACAUGUACCGCUAUCGACCGAGGGAUUUGGUGCGUUAGAUCCCUGCCUAGCGGAGGUGCUGCAGCGACCUAGGCUGCUGGAUACGACUCCUGCUGCUGGUGGGGGACAUUUUCAACCUUACUCUGCGGCGGCGAUGGAUCGCAGUUUAGAGGGCUACGUCAUUGUAGAGUCAGACGGCUCAGAAAUUGAACACGAUCGUGGAGUCCAUCCUUUGCUUCGACCCGCAAGCCAGCUUUCUCGACGUAGCGAAAACCUGCCCCCCCACUAUCGUGCAUCACCGAUACCGUCUUUGGAUGACAAAUCUCACAUCCCCCGCAAAUUUACUCCCGUUUCCAACGGCAGGUUACAGACUGGAAAGAUUCCGGGUACUGAAGCUUACUGCGGUCAAGAUUCAAGAUUACCUGCCAUGGAAACUCUUGCGAAUGUACACCCAGCAAUUGUCAAACUCCCCUCCUCAAGCCAAACCGACAUAUCCUCCGCAGGUACCAGAUCACCUUUGAAUCAUGUCUCAAGUGAAGCCACGGAUCGAACGAAACAUGCCAAAAAGACGUCCGAUGCACCCGAGAAGCAAGUAAUGAAGCGUAGUCGAACCACUUCUGGCAUCUAUAUGGUUGAGGAAGCAGCUCGUCUGUUAGCCGCUGAGGUAGCGUGGGUUGUGACGGCCCGCAAUCAUCGCAAGUAUCGCUUCGUGACUGAAUACGUGCCUUCAUUUCCAGUCCAGGCCUCCUCCACUAUUCUGCAGCUUCAGGCGGCAAGAGAUCAAAGUGGUUUGCCUGGCUCAAACGAAAUCAUCGAUGAACAACUGAUGAAGCCGGAGCACCGACAGGAGAUGCAAACAGUGACAAUGGUUUUAGAUUUGUGCGAACUCCUUGCUGAGCUGGCGGAACGACGGGCCUCCGCGUUGACAGACUGCACCACCGUCACCACAGCAUCCAAACAGGUGGAGUGCAACUUUGAGAACAGCGAGCUCUCACCGCCCAGUGAUUCCAAUGAGUCCCACCCCUCCACAAAACUCAAACUGGUUCCUGAGGCUCAAAGGCAAAUUACACUUGAGCAACCAGCCUGCGUAUUCUGUGUUGCAAUUGUGGAACAGCUUGUUCUAUACCGACGCAUUCUCUACUACCUUGAGUACGUUUUUGCGCAAGUUAGGAAGGCAGUUGCAGAAAAUCGCCUGCAGCCCACUCCGACCGCCAAAAGACGCUUAACUGAUUGCAACGCACUUUACCACCGGUGCUACAUUCGGCUCUGUCAGUUGUCGCGUCUUUCGCGUCGUGAAGAUCUACUUGAACCCGUCGGGCGUCAUCUCUCUUGCAUCACCGCUAAUCGUCUCAUCUUCAACUACGCUUUAGACCAGUGCUUCGCUGCCGAAAUGGAUGAUUACAUAGGAGAACUGGGUUUGGCGCUUCAGCGUUACCGAGCGGCCAUUACUCUCAUUCACGGUCUAUGCCAGCACGCAACAUCAGAGUAUGACAAAUCCUUGUUGGCGGAGUGUCUGCGCAUGAUCCAGGAUCGUCAUGCAACUCUGUGGGCCUACGUGGCCGGUGGUGGCUGCAGGGCUAAGGAAGAGGUCGCGGAACGAAGAGGCGCCUGCUGUGGCGUUCGGUCACUGCCACCACCUUCCCAUAAUGCAGCUGCAGUAGCUGCUGCCACCUCUCGAUGA